CUGUAUAUGUCCUCGCUUUCCAUUAUGACCCUUGCAUUUUGUUUUGUUUUGUUUUUUUUAAGUAUCAUUAUGCCUCUUACAUAACCCAACAAAUCUGCAACAACAAAGGGCCCCAAACUUUAAUCUUUUUAUUUAUUUUCCUCAGAAUUUAAUUCAUUGUUCUUGUAAUUCUCUUCUUCUCUCUGUCUGUCAUGCAGCAGCUUUGUAAGGAAAGCAGGGACACGGGGGUUUACACUGAUUAUAGCAAAAGAUAAAAAUCUUGAUCACUUUGCAUUUCAAUGCAAAUCAAGAUCUGUUUUUGUGUCAAACCCAUCUCGAGUCCCUUGAAUUGAGUGGAGAUUACGAGUCUAAAAAAGCAUGGCCAGGCUUAUUUAACAGGAAAAUCUUGUUAUUUGGAUCCAACAAUCUCCUGUCAUUGUUCAACGAUAGUAAUUGUUAUUAUUUCUGUCUAUUUCUUCUAACAACUAACUAUGUCCAUGGAUUUUGUUUUCAUUUUUUCUAAUUAUACUUUUCAUGUGCUUUAUCAGAAACAGGUCAUAUAGACAUGACAUCUAUACAAUGUCUUACCAACAGUAUUUCUCGAUUCAUUCAUCUGGUUUCUUGCCGGAAAAUGAAGCCAAUGCCUAUUCACAAAGAUUAUGGGAAUAUGGUUGGUGCUUUAAAGAUUUUGAAACCCAUUCUUGAUGACAUUGUCAAUUGUAAGAUACCUUGUGAUGAAGUCCUUUAUCGAAAUUGUGAAGAAUUGGACAUUGUUGUUAAUGAGGCUCGAGAAUUUAUGGAAAAGUGGUCUUCAAAGAUGAGCAAGAUAUGCGGUGUUUGGCGAAGCGAAGCCCUGUUUGUUAAAAUCCAAAUCUCCUCUCUAGAAAUUUGUCAUGUGUUAUGUACAUUGUUGCAGUCAUCUUCAUCUACUUCAAGCUUAGUUGGCAUUCAGCACCGUAUGCAGGAACUUCAAUGCUUGAAGCAUGAAGGAAUAACAGAGUAUAUAGAAGAGGCUGUGAGAAGUCAAAGAAAUGGUAUUGUUCACUGCAGUGAUCAUCUUACAAAAAUCCUAGAAGCACUUCAGUUGACAUCAAACCAGGAACUGUUGAAAGAAAGUAUGGCUGUAGAAAAAGAAUGGAUGAAUGCUCAAGUCGAUAAAGCGAAAGGCGAAUUCGAUCACAUCAACCAAAUUGUGAAUCUCAUUUCUCUAAUACGAGAUUGUAUGCUGGAAAUUGAGCAAUUUGAUGCCACAACCGGUGUUCCUGUUCCUUCGUACUUCCGCUGUCCUUUGUCAUUGGAACUCAUGUCAGAUCCUGUUAUUGUGGGUUCUGGUCAAACUUAUGACAGAACAUCCAUCCAGAAGUGGCUUGAACAUGGACUGACUAUUUGUCCAAAGACCCGUCAAACCCUCAGCCACACAAACCUUAUUCCCAAUUAUACUGUCAAAGCUAUGAUAGCAAAUUGGUGUGAGGGAAACAACAUGAAACUUUCCAGUGGAUCUGAACAUACCAAUACGGUCGCUGCUCUAUCUCCUUUGCCAUUUAGUCAUGUACCUUCUCAAGAUUUUGUCCGCACAGAUAGUUUUCGUUCCUUGCACAGUAGUAAUUCCACAUCAAGAUCUUCUUUCGAAGUUGGAAAUGGAUUUGAGAAGCCGAAGAUCAAUGUCUCUUCCAGAUUGGGUGGAGAAGAAUCAAAUGGCUGCCAGGGAAUGAAGACUGACAACUUUGACAAUCCAUCUCGUGAACCGUCAUAUGUACAUAGCCGGAGCGAAUCAGUCUCAAGUGCAAUUUCCAGUAUUGAGUAUGUCUCUCCAGCAUCAAAUGAGGCAUCAAUGAUAUCCGAUAAGUUUGGGAAUAUGAAUCUUGUGUCAGGGGAGAUCGUAUCUGAGUUUCCUGUUGCUUCUUUCUCAAAAAAUGAACCCAUAUGCUCUCCCUCUCUGCUGGGGAAAAAAAUCGACUGCUCCAACACUGAAGCAGAAGUAGCAGGCAAUGGAAACCACAGCUAUGGUGCCACUCACCCCUUUCCAUUUUCUGAUUCGGGAUCUGAUGAUCUAACGACUACUUCCCAUGUUAUGAAAUUGAUUGAAGAUCUUGAGAGCCAAUCAAAUGAAUUUCAAACUAAAGCUGCUGCAGAACUACGUCUCCUUGCGAAGCAUAACAAUGAGAAUCGUGCCAUAAUAGGCCGUUGUGGUGCUAUUGUGCCGUUACUGUCUCUGCUAUAUUCACAGGGGAAGCUAACACAGGAGCAUGCUGUCACGGCUCUUCUGAAUCUAUCAAUCAAUGAGGAAAAUAAGUCCAUGAUUGCAGAGGCUGGAGCAAUAGAACCACUGAUUAAUGUUUUAAAAUCAGGAAAUGAUGGAGCCAAAGAAAAUUCUGCAGCAGCUCUGUUCAGCCUCUCUGUUUUAGAAGAAUUCAAGGCAAAGAUUGGGCGUUCUGGUGCAGUUAAAGCCUUGGUGGAUCUUCUAGGCUCAGGGACUUUAAGAGGAAAAAAGGAUGCUGCUACUGCAUUGUUUAACCUUUCAAUCUUUCAUGAAAACAAGGCACGCAUAGUUCAAGCAGGAGCUAUGAAGUAUCUUGUUGAGUUGAUGGGUCCUGAAAGUGGAAUGGUUGACAAAGCUGUGGCUCUUCUUGCGAACCUAUCAACAAUUGGUGAGGGGCGCCUGGCAAUUGCACGGGAAGGGGGCAUCCCAUUACUUGUUGAGAUUGUUGAAUCGGGAUCUCAAAGAGGAAAGGAAAAUGCUGCCUCUGUAUUGUUGCAACUCUGCCUCAAUAGUCCCAAGUAUUGUACCCUGGUAUUGCAAGAAGGAGCUGUCCCUCCCCUUGUUUCCUUAUCCCAAUCCGGCACACCAAGAGCAAAGGAAAAGGCUCAGCAGCUACUCAGUCACUUCCGGAACCAGAGAGAUGUGUCCAUGGGGAAGAAAAAGUGAUGAAAAGAGAGAAAUUUUGCAGAUUACUUCAAUGUUUUUGGAUAAUCCACUUCGGACGAUUUGGUUUCCUUCCAGUUUUAUCUUUGAAAGUCUUGUUCCACGUUAAUAUUUUCCACUCUUAUUCAUUUCCUUUCGGGUGAUGGAGCUUACUCAUGAAAGUAGUCUAUGAAGUGCAGAAUGAAAUUGGAUUAAUGGAUUGUAAAUUUAGGCAGAGUUCCAAUUCUUUCUCUUCUUUUAUUUUCUCCUUUCUUUUUAGGGUUCUACAGAUAGGAGAACGAGUGCUAGCGUGGUGGGUAGGAAUCGCUGCUUCCCCAUAGAAGUUGAUUCCUCCACUGUGGAGAGCAAUGGCCUUUUAGAUACUGUGUUGUCGUUGAUUUGAUGUUGUUGGUGUAUAUAUUUUGUAUAUAUAUAAUUUCAUAGACUCGUUGUUAACUACUUUGAGUUGGGGUGGUUCAUGUGUAGUAUUUUUGUACAAAAAUUGAUGUUGUGGUCAA